CUUUGAUUCCAUAAAUAUAUACAAGAAAAACACAAUGGUGACGAUUGGUAAUGCUCAUGAUGAUUUAAUCCAUGAUGCUGUUUUGGACUAUUAUGGUAGGCGUUUAGCCACCUGUUCAUCAGAUAAAACAAUAAAAAUCUUUGAAGUUGAUGGAGAUGAUCAUAAACUAAUUGAAACAUUAAGAGGACAUGAUGGUCCAGUCUGGCAAGUUAGUUGGGCCCAUCCAAAAUUCGGUGUGAUCUUAGCUUCAGCAUCUUACGAUGGUAAAGUUUUGAUCUGGAGAGAAGAAAAUGGAAGAUGGUCAAUCAUUUCAGAACAUGCAGUGCAUCAAGCUUCAGUGAAUAGUGUUUCAUGGGCUCCACACGAGUAUGGUGCUCAACUAUUAGUUACUUCAUCUGAUGGGAAGAUCUCAAUUGUUGAAUUUAAAGAUGAUGGUACUACUUCAUCAAUUGUCAUUGAUCGUGCACAUGCGAUUGGUGUUAAUUCAGCAACAUGGGCUCCACCUGUUUCAGUUGGCUCAUCUGUUGAAAGUUCUGUUGAAAAACAACAAGAGCGUAGAUUUGUUUCUGCUGGUUGUGAUAACUUGGCUAAAAUCUGGAAAUAUAACCCAGAUGCCAACACAUAUGAAUUAGAACAUACACUAGAAGGUCAUACUGAUUGGGUUAGAGAUGUUGCUUGGUCACCAUCAGUUUUAGUUCGUUCAUACAUUGCUUCAGCAUCUCAAGAUCGCACAGUUAUCAUCUGGUCCCAAGAAAUUUCAGGUGGUCCAUGGAAGAAACAAUUAUUACAAGAAGAAAAAUUCCCAGAUGUUGUUUGGAGAGCAAGUUGGUCAUUAUCUGGUAACAUAUUGGCGAUUUCUGGUGGUGAUAAUAAAGUUACUUUAUGGAGAGAAAGUUUGGAAGGUAAAUGGGAAUCAGCUGGUCAAAUUGAUGAGUAA